GCAACAUCUAUGGCCUCGUGCGCUGCGUGCCGUUUGCCGCGCCAAGAAACCUUCAGGGGCGAGGCUUCUGAGGUGUCGCUGAUCUCGUGGAACGUCUUGGCGCCGUGCUAUGUGACAAACUCGGAACUUCACUACGUACAUGUUGAGCCUUCCGCUCUGGACUGGGCUGGCAGGUGCGACCUCAUCGUUGAGGAACUGCACCAAGCAGCUCCCGACCUGAUACUCCUGCAGGAGGUGGCAUACGACCACAUUGAGGAGCUUGAGGCUCGUUUGGACUCCUUAGGCUACAGCUGCGUGAUGCAGAGACAGAAGGCGAAAAGCAAGGAUCAUCCCACAGGCAACGCAUCCUUUUUCUUGACCGAGCGCUUUGAUCUGUGUUGGGAAGACCACCGAAGUCGCAUUCUCCUCCUGGACCUCUGGGACAGGUGGAACAAUGCCCUUGAGCUCUGCGUGGCCAACUGUCACCUGGAAGGAGAUCCGCGUCAGCCCAUGGCGCGAGUGGCGCAAGUCCGCUCGGCCUUGCAGGAGGCAGCGCGCCGCGGUGGGCCGCGUGGCCAUGCCCUGGUGCUGGCGGGGGAUAUGAACGCGCCUUUGAUCUCAUCGGCCGUUGCUUCGUACCUGUCCUUCGGAGCGGUGGUGCCCGGCGUGUCCGAGUUCGGCAUGCUGGUGGAUGUUGGGAAGAUCUGUGCGGAGAGUGGCCAUCCUUACUCCAUGACUUCUGCAUAUACGCCCGACCCCAACGAGUUUAGCUUUACCCUGAGGGGUGCUGCUGGGCACUGCCACAUGUUGGACCAGAUCUGGUUUGACUCAACUCGGUCUCAUUGUCAGGGCCUCCGCAAUCUCUUCCGAUCGGACGAGCACAAGUUGGCAGUGCUGAAUCGUGGGCUGCCGCACGCAGAAGAUCCCUCCGAUCACCUGCCAGUGGGCGUCAUCUUGAAAGUGCUACCGCCUGCAGCGCCGGUCGAAGAGGUGAUCCCAGAGAUAGUUUCAACGGCAGAGCUGGACCUUUUGAAGGAGGCUGAGGUGUUGUGGGAGGCGUGCCCAUUGUCUCCAGAGCAGCGCUCGCAGUACUUGCGUUGUGAGGAGGUUCUGCGUGAGGCGACGCCGGUGGGGAAGCCUUCGGCAGAGGAGCUAGCGGCCUAUGAGGCCGCCCAGCGUGCCCUGCGGAGCCUGCUGGAGUCGCUGCCGGAGGAAUGUCAGCAGAUCCUGCAGCGGGUAGAGGAGCUGAAGAAGCAGGCCCGAAAGGCUGCAAAACGAAGUGCCAAGGACAAGGGCAAAGAUCCCGCAGGGAAAAAAAGUAUGCCACGGACUGAGCUUUUCUGGGCCUUACUUGAGGGUGACUAUCCGCUGGAGGAGUUGAAGAAGGUGAAUCUGGAGGGAUUCGAUUGGAGUGGGAGGAGGAAGGAUGGAAAGACGCUUUUGGUGGCUCGUAUUGGACGAGCACUCUGUUGCACACCGAAGUUUGAAGAGGCACUAAACACCAUCGAAUGGCUGAUAUGUUCUGGAGCAAGCAUUGAGCAAACCUGCACUGGUGGGCAUUAUGCCAUUGGUUGGCCCAACAGAGAAGAAACAGAGAUCCGGUUUGAAUGUGAGGGUCGUAGCGCAAUUUCAUUUGUGCAGACAUUGCAGGUUAAGAUGCGGCAAAACUUGUCGGCAUGGACAGAUCAAGACACUUUCCUGACCAAGGUAAUGUCCCUCUUCAUACAAACCCCCAGCCCAAACGAAGCUAGACGUAGAGUGUCCAUCGACGAGGGCAUUGCGGAGUUGUGGGAAAAGUCUUUGGCCGCAAAGGAUUCGCACGACUUGACCAUCGAAACUGCUGAUGGACCGGUGACAGCGCAUGCUCACAUGCUGAAAGCAGCGUCUUCAGUGGUCACUGCGAUGUUGGAAUCACCCAUGAAGGAAGGGAAAACCCAACGAAUUGAGAUCAAGGACAUGCCUGGGAAGGCUGUGUCACUCUUCGUGGAGAUUUUGUACACUUGCUCAGCUCAAGAUGAACCAGACCACGAAACUGCUUCGCAUGCGCUGGAUUUGGCUCACCGCUGGCAAGUGGAGGUGGUGGUCGCGAUUUUGACGGAUCUGCUUGCAGGUAUGAUCACGGACGGAAACUUUUUGGCCAUUGCGGAGCAUGCUGUCCUCAAGGGCCUUGAUCGACUGAAGACUGCGGCGAAGAGCUUUGGGGCCGGAUCUACGAAGGUGCAGGCUGAUCUCAAGGAGGGCCGCCUCCCCACUGCCGUGCUGCAACUCUUCCCUGCAGCACCAAAACCAUCGAAGCCCGACGGGCCUAAACCCAAGCGCCGCCGGAUGUGA